CUUUCGACUAAAGCAGACCAGAGCAGACCAGCAGCCAUGUGUGCGUACUCGUCCGAAGACGACCUUCCAGACCUCAGCGCUAUCUUCGCGCCCAAGCCGUUAAUGGCCACCGGAACGAAUACCGGACUGCGACGAUCCCCACGCAAGAAGCCCUUGGCUGGGGAGCCUAUAUCGCCCCAGAAGAGACCACGAGAUGUGCCGGCUUCAUUCAAGAAAGCUGAACCCAAUAACUCCCGGCUCCCAGUCAAGAACCGUUGUCGCAAAGAAGCCACGAAGCCUGGAGAGACAAACCCGUCCAUCCUCAGAGACAUCCCGCUUCUCCCUCGAAAUCUCACUGUUGCCGAGACCCAUGUCACCUCCAGCAAUCGCCGCUCUCCAGCGAGUCCCCAACGAAGUUUGAAAUUGGCCCACGUAGACUCACUACUGAUUCCACUGAAGGCGCUGGCUGUGGAAGACGGGGUGCCGUCACAUGUGUUGGUGGAUACAUCGAAAAAUCCUGGUCCCACGUGGCUUCAGAAGGCCGAGAAACCAGCCAUGUCUCAAAUGCGAGAGGGUCCGACAAGGUUAAGAGAGGGUAGCACUCGGAAAAAGAUGUCGGCGUCAAAUCGUGCGAGCAGAUUCGUCUUAAAGGAGGCUCGAUGCAACGAUGACGACGAGGAUUCAGGCAGAGGUGACGAAGAAGACGAAGAUACCGAUUUGAGCGGCUUCAUUGUCGACGACAACGCGGAACUGAGCUACUACGAAUCUUCAGCGUCAAGUUCGGAUAAUGAUUAUACAGGGCCAAAAAUGAAAGUCCCGCCAGCACGCCCGCGAAGAAGACUGCACCGUGGAUCGCCAACUCGGCGGCGCCUCAGCUUCGGCGAUCACGAGGGGUCGGAUAAGGAGAACCAUCCGGCAGAGACACUAUCAAAUGCCCUGAGAGAUAUCUCCCUGAAUGGCAAGGAAUCCAACAUGGACAGAGGAGAAAUUGAAGUGAUCGAUCUCACCUCGUCCCCGACCAUUCCUCCGGAGACCAAGGUCAAGACACUACCCAGUUUACUCUCACCUCAAACUCAUUAUACCGUCCCGUCGGAGGAUCCUUUCCAAGACCCGAAUCCUUUCAAGAACUUCGAUGCCCAUCUUCAGCUCCCCCCGCCCGCCUCCGAGCCUGCCCUGAUGAUUCCCUCCAAGGAGCAGCUCGUCGACCCUGAUUCUGACGAUAGCUCUGGAGGCGUGCCAGAGAAGCCCAUCGACAGAACGGAAGACCGCUUCAAGACACCGCCUGCCACACCACCCAGGUCGCCUUCGAAACUCAAGUCACCCUCAAAGUUGCUAUCCCCUUCCAAGCGACAGGCGAUCCCACAUUCGCCGCAUCGCCAGAGUAUGGAUGCGUUCUGGGAUCAUAAUGUGAUCAACGACUGGAAUGAUGAAUACUCUCCGAAGAAGGCACCGGCAACGUCUCCAAGGAAAGGUCUCCUCGGUCGGUUUCAAGUGUGGUCGGACUCAGGCGAUGAGGAGGAAGACAAAUCUGUGGACAGUUCUGAUUCCCUGCCUAGUCCUUGCUUGUCACCACGCAAGUUACGAUCACCGAGCAAAAGCCCGCAGAAGGAAGAAAAGAAACGGUUAGCAGAAGAGAAACGGGCUGCUGCAGCACGGAAGAAGGCCUUCGACUCUCAGAAACAACAACUUGCACGGGACCUGUUACAUGAGCUCGAUGAAAAGGUUGCCGAUUCCCAACUCGACCGACUGUCGUCCAGCACCGGCGGUGUGCGUAUCAUCUGGUCCAAAACGCUGCGUUCAACAGCUGGCCGAGCAAACUGGAAAAGAACUGUCACCAAGCCCUCUUGUUCGCCCGUCAAAGGCAACAACAUGCACGACUUUACUGGCCCAGGAGCGAAGGUGCAACAUUUUGCGACGAUUGAACUGGCCGAGAAGAUCAUCGACUGCGAAGACCGUUUGGUCAACACACUCGCGCACGAGUUCUGCCAUCUGACGAACUUUAUGAUCAGUAACGUGCGCGAUCAACCCCAUGGUGCAAGUUUCAAAGAGUGGGCUGCGAGAGUCACAUCACAUUUGCGAGCGACCGAUGUUGAGUCAUGGAGGAACGUGCAAGUCACAACCAAACACAGCUACGCCAUCAAUCACAAGUAUCUCUGGGUCUGCGUCGGCCGCAAGGAGAGGUCUGCCGCGAUGGACCUUCUCAACUUGGACGAGGAGGAGGGAUGUGGAGCCGAAUAUGGGCGACAUAGUAAGAGUGUUGAUGUCGAGAAACAUCGAUGUGGGAAGUGUAAAGGGAGACUCGUACAGGUGAGGCCAAAGCCUAGAGCGAGUCCCGUCAAGAAAGGAACAAAAGCAACCAACGGCGCCGCCCUGAAGAGGGAAGAGAGUGCCGAGAGCACAACCUCGAAUAGUAGCGGGAGUAGUGGGCUGGGCCGGAUGAUUGAGACGAUCGAGCUGAGCGACUGACCGAUUGAUUUGUCACUGUGAGUUGGAUUAGGUGUUGGGAGGACGCGUUGCCGUCCGACGUCGUUCGAGCGACGUCCAUAAAUACUCAGAAGGAGGCUUUUUGGAGUCGAGGGAUUGGAUCGUGCUUUCGCCCCGGGCUGUAUAUGUACCAGGCAUAUGAUAUGAGCGAGAGUGCGGCGUUGAUGCUAGGAAUGUCCACCAAGACAGCUGUGAGAAAUCAUGUGAGCUCAAUGUGAGCUUUCGAGUCCCG